AUGGACGAACAGAAGAAGCGCAACUUGAACAACGACCACGACGACGUUUUGGAGCCUCCGACCAAUUUCUCCAUGGUCGAGGACGGCAUUUUCAGAUCUGGUUUCCCGCAACCAUCCAAUUUUCCUUUCCUCCAAUCCCUUAAUCUCCGAUCCAUCAUAUAUUUGUGUCCUGAGCCUUACCCAGAGGAGAAUUUGGAGUUUCUUCGCUCUCAGAAUAUUCAGCUCCUCCAAUUUGGAAUUGAGGGGAAGACGGAGCCUUCUGUAUCUAUUCUUAAGGAUACCAUCUUGGAGGCUCUGAAAGUCUUGAUUGAUGUGAGAAAUCAUCCAGUUUUAAUCCAUUGCAAGCGUGGAAAGCAUCGGACGGGCUGCCUUGUUGGUUGUCUUCGAAAAUUUCAGAAUUGGUGUUUGUCUUCUGUGUUUGAGGAGUACCAGCGAUUUGCUGGCGUGAAAUCUAGGGCAACAGAUUUGAGGUUUUUAGAAGGAUUUGACACAUUGCUCCUGAGGCAGUGCCUUUACAGCAUUAUCUACCAGUAUCAAGGUUAUGGUUCCAACAAGAGGCGGUUGUUAUACAGAGAAGACAAUUUACAGAAGCCGCAAACCAUGAAAGUUUAA